AUGGCCCCCCAAAUCAUCAAGGCGCGCGAGGCCGAUCCGCCGCGCGUCCAGCGCGGCAACCUCUUCGACUUUCUCUACAGCAAUCCCAACAAGGUCGACGAGAACAAGGCGGCAUAUAUCCGACUCGACGGCAAGAAGACCACGCGCAAGCAGCUGCACGACGACUCGCGUCGACUCGCCUAUGCGCUGCGACACAAACUCGGCCUCCAGCCCGGCUCGAGGGUGGGCAUCUUCUCGCCCAACAGCACCGCAUAUCCGUGGAUCGUCCAUGCCGGUCUCUGCGCAGGCGUGGUGCUCGUGCCCAUGAACGCCGCGUACGGCGCCGAGGAGCUCGUGCAUCCCGUCCACGACGCCGAGAUCGAGUACAUCUUCUGCCACCAGAGCGUGCUCAGCACCGCACGCGAAGGUCUCGAACUCGCCAAGCUCGGCCCCAAGUCAAAAAACGGCCAGAACCGUCUCUGGAUCCUCGACGACGGCGACAGCCUCAAGAAGGGCGACAAGGGCGAGGUCGACGCACGCACGCUCCUCGGCGACGGCAGGCUCGACACGCACAAGGUGGUCGACGACCGCACCGAGGAUGCCUUUGUCGUCUACUCGAGCGGCACCAGCGGCAAGCCCAAGGGCGUCCAGCUCGUGCACGGCAACCUCACCGCCGUCACCACCGCCAUCGUCUCCACGUUUGGCGACGCCAUCGGGCCCAACGACCGCUACGUGGGCGUGCUGCCGUCGUUCCAUAUCUUUGGCCUCGCCAAGCACAUGUUCAAGAGCAUCUACAUUGGCGCCGAGUGCAUCGUCGUGCCGCGCUUCGACCUCGACGUCUUCUGCUCCGCCGUCGAGAAAUUCCAGUGCAACAUCAGCUACGUCGUGCCGCCCAUCCUCGUGCUGCUCGCCAAGGACCCGCGCGCCAAAAAGUACAACCUCAAGAGCCUCAAGUGGGUCAUGUCCGGCGCCGCGCCGCUCGGCACCGAGCUCAGCCUCGAGGUCGAGGCCGCCCAUCCCGGUCUGCGCGUCACGCAGGGCUGGGGCCUCAGCGAGACCUCGCCCACCGCCACUUUCGCCAGGCCGGACGAAUACCACGACCACAUGGGCAGCUGCGGCCGUCUGCUCGCCGGCGUCGAGGGGCGUCUGGUCGACGAUGACGGCAACGACGUCGGACACGAGCAGGGCGACAACGGCAAGCCGGGCGAGUUCUGGGUGCGUGGGCCCACCAUCAUGAAGGGCUACCUCAACAACAAGGCGGCGACGGACGACUGCAUCACCGAGGACGGCUGGUUCAAGACGGGCGACGUGGCCAUCAUGAAGGACGGCUUCUUCUGGAUCGUCGACCGCAAGAAGGAGCUCAUCAAGUACAAGGGCUUCCAGGUGCCGCCCGCCGAGCUCGAGGCCACGCUGCUCUCGCAUCCCAAGAUCGCCGAUGUGGCCGUGAUCGGCGUGCACGACAAGGCGCAGGCGACCGAGCUGCCGCGCGCGUACGUCGUGCUUAAAGAGGAGGUGGCGCAGAAGGAGAACGCGGAGCAGGUCGCCAAGGAGAUCAUCGAGUGGACCGCAUCCAAGGUCGCCAACCACAAGAAGCUGCGCGGCGGCGUGAGGAUCAUGGAGGUGAUUCCCAAGAGCCCGUCGGGCAAGAUCCUGCGUCGCUUGCUGCGUGACGAGGCGGCCAAGGAGGGCAACUAG